GAUUACCUCAGAACCCUUCUUCUCCUGCUCUAUUUCUUUGGCAUCGUCCCCCACGAAACCUAACUGUAUAAAGCGCCGGACUCUUGAUCCUACUUUUCUCCGGCAUCUUGUCUCCUUUCUGAUUCGAGCAGGGAAGAAGAAGAAAAGAAGAAGAAACGAGGAAGACGAAAGGAAGAGGACUUCGCGCACGACGGUUUGAGGGCUGCUGGGCAGUAUGGAUGAAAAGAAGGCUUAUGGGAAGCAAGGAUCAGGAAGUUUCAGAAAACGACCUCGUGAUCAGUUUGAUAAUGGGAAACGGAAGAAGCACAAUCCUAACUAUGAUCAUGGUUCUACCAAUAAACCUAUUGAUACAAUCUACCGCAUCCUUUGCCCUGUAAAAAAGAUUGGUAGUGUUCUGGGUAAAGGAGGUGAUAUUGUUAAUGCCCUUAGAGACGAGACCCAUGCAAAGAUAAGGGUUGCAGAUGCUAUCCCUGGUGCAGAGGAGAGAGUAAUUAUCAUUUUUAAUUACCAGUCAGAAAGUGAAAAAAGUAAUCCUGGUCAGGAUACUGAAAAUAGUGAUACAAGUGAGUUAGAGAACACACAGCCCAAUUGUCCUGCCCAGGAUGCUUUACUCAAGAUUCAUGAUAGGAUUGCUGCAGAUGAGAUUUUGCGUGGUGGUGUGGUGCAAGACAGAACUGAACCUGAUGAUAUUGUUACUGCUCGAAUUUUGGUCCCAAAAAAUCAAGUUGGAUGUCUUCUUGGCAAGGGUGGAAAUAUUAUACAGCAACUGCGAACUGAUACUGGUGCAAAUAUUCGCAUAUUGCCCUCUGAUCACCUACCGCGAUGUGCCAUGGGAAGUGAUGAACUAGUACAGGUAUCAGGAGUGCCAUCUAUUACAAAAAAGGCUCUUUUCAGAAUAUCAACUUUACUGCAUCAACAUCCCAAUAAAGAAAAUCCUCCUUUGGAAACUAUCAUAUAUGCCAGUACCCAAGGUUCUAAUCGCUCAGAUUCAUCUCUCCCACCGCCAUUUCUUCAGGGAAAUCGAGUUUGGUCUCCCUAUUACUCUGACACUCGUGAUCAACCAACAAUCUCAAGGUUCGGUAGGUACCCAGAUGAGCCAUUGAGAUAUCCUCCAGGUAGUUUUAGCAGAAACAAUUUCCAUGAGAGUGAGGCAGCAGAAGAAUUCUCCAUGAGAAUUUUGUGUGCUACUGUGAAGAUUGGUGGUGUGAUUGGCAAGGGUGGGACCAAUAUCAGACAACUAGAGCAACAAACAGGUGCUCGGAUUCAGGUUGAGGAUACUGCACCUGAUGCUGAGGAACGUGUGAUCAAUAUUUCAUGCAAGGAGGUUCCGUGGGAGACAAGAUCUCCAACAAUUGAAGCUGUUCUUCAACUUCAAAGUAGAACAAGUACGAACUCUGAUGAUGGUGCUAUCACAACACGACUUCUAGUCCCAUCAAGUAAAGUUGGUUCCAUUCUUGGAAAAGGAGGCGACAUUAUAACAGAAAUGAGAAGACGAACUAGAGCAGACAUUCGUGUUUACUCCAAGGAUGACAAGCCAAAAUAUACAUCUGCAAAUGAAGAGUUAGUGCAGAUUUCUGGGCCUAGAGAGUUUGCCCGGGAUGCACUUGCAGAGAUUGCUUCAAGGCUUAGAGCAAGGACGUUUCGGAGCGAGAAUUCUUCUUUUAGCCCUGCAUCUGCACCUGCAGCUCCUUUUCGUGGAGUUCCUCCUUUCGAAAGAAUUUCUCAUCGAGGUGCACCUUCAGCUGGAAAUACUGACACAGGUUCUACACGACCAGGUCAUUUUCGUGGUUAUACUCCUGAAAGAUUUCUUGAUAGAGGAACUUCAUCAUCCAGCAUGUUUGGACCUGAGAAAUCUGUUGGGUAUGAUUACCCAAAGGCUUAUAGACAAUCAUAUGAAGCUCAAUACUACCAUUCACCAGGUGCUUCUGGGUACACUAAUAAUGCUCCUGCUGAAUCUAAGAUUCCUUAUGGUGGAGCCACCUCAUUUGGCAGAGCUGAUAUUAGCAAUUCUGAGAUUCAUCAGGUUCCUGGAGCAAGAGUUAAAUCGCAUGAUCCUAUGUUGGGUGUGCCAGAUCAUGUCAUCCACGGACACGGCCCGUCUGAAUAUUCAAGGCCAGGACAGGGCUAUUUUCCACCAUCCUAUAUCCCUUCAGGGAGCCAGAGCAUACCGCCAUCACAACAAUCGAUUCACCCUUGUUAGCUUAGCAAUCAGCGAUCUUGUUCUUCCUCACACUCAAAUACUUGUCACCGGCUGUUUGAUUGCGAAUUGAAGCAAGUGUCAAUUAAAUCUUUAGCUGUUGUAGACUGUGGCCUAUAGAGCAUCAAUUUUCUGUUUUGUUACUAGUUGUCGAACUGAUUUAUGGUUCGCACUUGUGAAUGGAUGCGGAGGUAGAAGUUUAUCUUCAGCUUUAUAAUUCAGAUCUUUAGAUUCGAUGCCA